AUGUGGGAUUCAGAAUCUGAAUCAACGAACUACAAUGGAGUUCUUACCCUCAAUCAUGCCGUUCAGACCGAUCGAUUUGAACAAAGAGGUCGAUCCUGGUAUGUUGCAACUCAUAUCCCAAGUGAUUUCCUGGUCCAAAUCGGUGGUUUUAGCUUCCAUUUGCACAAGUCUCCCCUGCUUUCGAAAAGUGGAAAAAUGAACAGAAUCAUACAAGAAUCGAAAGAAAUCGACUCCAAAAAGGUAAUUCUAGAUGAUUUACCAGGUGGGGCGGAAUCUUUCGAGCUAGCUGCAAAAUUCUGCUAUGGAAUCGCCAUUGAUCUGACCUCCACCGUAAUCGCCGGUCUCCGAUGUGCCGCCGAAUACCUCGAGAUGACGGAGGAAUUCGAAGAAGGGAAUCUGAUCUUCAAAACCGAAGCUUUUCUCAACUAUGUGGUGAUGUCUUCAUGGAAAGAUUCGAUCUUGGUGCUUAAAAGUUGCGAAAAACUGUCUCCGUGGGCCGAAAACCUCCAGAUCGUUAGGCGGUGCAGCGAAUCGGUUGCACUGAAAGCCUGCGCUGGUCAUAACAGAGUCCGGUGGAAGCAGACCGGAAAACAGGAUUCGAGCCCAAGUCGGAGCCGGGUUCUUCCCGAUUGGUGGUGUGAAGAUAUUUCGAUCCUUAACAUCGACCAUUUCGUUCGUGUGAUUACUGCGAUUAAAGUCAAGGGAAUGCGGUACGAAUUGAUUGGAUCCGCGAUCAUGCAUUACGCUACGAAAUCGCUUCCGGGGAUGAUCAAAGAGGGUUCGACCGGUUCGGUGGAAGAAGGAGCCAGCAGCAGCAACAGUGCCACCGCAACCGGUGGUGAUUGGAACUGCCGGCUCCAUAUGAUCAUAGCCGUGAAUAAAGGCGAUCAUUCUUCGAGCCCGCAGGGGAGAUGUCAAAGAAUGAUCAUCGAGAGCCUAAUUAGUAUCAUCCCGUCACAAAACGAUAGCGUCUCGUGUAGCUUUCUCCUUCGGCUGUUAAGAUUAGCAACUAUGGUCGAUGUGGCACCGGCUUUGAUCACGGAACUCGAGAAACGAGUCGGGAUGCAGCUUGAACAAGCUACAUUGGCCGAUCUUUUGAUUCCGUCUUAUAACCGAAGCGAGACGAUGUAUGAUGUCGAUCUUUUUCAGAGAGUUUUGGAGCAUUUUUUGAUUCAAGAAAAGAUGGAAAUCUCGAGCCCCAGAAGGCAACCGAUGAUCGAUAAAAACAAAGGGACUCGAGGUGGUAACGACUCGAGUGCCAAGAUGAAAGUUGCUCGGCUUGUUGACGGUUAUCUUACCGAGGUUUCGAAGGAUAAAAACCUUUCGUUACCGAAGUUUCAGGUCCUAGUCGAGGCUUUGCCGGAAUCGGCACGAAGUUGCGACGAUGGCAUAUAUCGCGCAAUCGAUUCAUAUUUAAAGGCUCAUCCGAUGCUCCAAGAACACGACCGCAGGAGGCUAUGCAAAGUCAUGGACAUCCAAAAGCUCUCGCUAGACGCCUGCAGACACGCUGCUCAAAACGAAAGGCUUCCCCUUAGAGUCGUGGUCCAAGUCAUCUUCUCGGAGCAGAUCAAGCUCAGCAACACUAUAGCCAACACUGUCUACAAAGCCUCCGGCGAACCAAACUACCAACCGAUCAUUCCUAACCGGAAAACUUUACUCGAAGAAACACCACAGUCGUUUCAGGACGGAUGGGCAACGGCCAAAAAGGACAUUACCACGCUCAAGUUCGAUGUAGAAACCGUGAAAACGAAGUACUUAGAGCUUCAACACGAUAUCGAGAGUUUGCAAAGGCAGUACGAUAAGAUAACGAAGUUGAAACACCGGUCGGCAUGGUCGAGCGGAUGGAAGAAGCUGAGCAAGAUAACCAAGAUUACGACCAUUGAGGAUACCGGAAUCGGGUCUCAAGGUAACACGGAACACACCGUGAAAACGCCAAGAAGGUGGAGGAAUUCGCUUUCUUAA